CCAGACUACUCCCGUCUUUCUCUCCCGGUAGACGCCCAACGUGCCAGCAGAACGCUAAACACACACCGCCGAUUGGAGGGAGAGGAAUGGAUCCAUGAGUUGCAUGAGUCGAAGGGAAAAAACGCACAUGUCGCUCCCAGCCACGGACGACUCGCACCGGUAAACGCUGCUGCUGCUGCUGCUGCUGCUGCUGCAUAUGCACAUGCAACCGUGAACAUCUGCAUUGAUGCCUCUCUCUCGCUCUCUCCCAACGCACGGCUAGUCUAGGGGCAUAUCGUCGUCUACCGAACAUUCACUCUUCACAAGCGGCGACAUUCUCUCCGAUCUCAGAAAAUAUAAUGCUAUAACCCCCGUUGCCUGUUUAUUGUCGCUGAUCGUCCGUCCUGUACGGGUCGAACCUGUCGAUCUUCCUCGCCGGCGUCGACACCCACCAUGGCUCGGCAAACGAAAGCACCGCGAUUCACAAUCUACGAAGACGUCGCCGGCGCAACCGGCACCACCACGAAACCUACCAAGAUCCCUCGCUCGGCCGCUCCUCCUCCGCCCCACAUUGAACCUUCAGACCCCGAUCAUCGUGGACCCACUGACGAGCUGUCGAGGGUCGCGACGCUCAAACACAAUGCGACUCCGUCCAUCCCAGACGACGAGUACAGUGUAGAGGACUUUGCGGCAGGCGACGACACGCUCGUCGAACCUUAUGAGCGAACCGACUCACCACUCAGCGGCGUCCAGGGCGACGAGGAUGGGGACCUGCACAACGCUCGGAGAGCAUCCAUCCUCACCAGCACCUCAAUAUCAUCCUUCCCCGAAUCCAGCUACGACGUCGACCACGACGACCGGACCACGCCUUUACAUCACCCGUACUCUCCCCAGUCCGUUCGAGCAGCAUUCCGACGCCCGUCCUCCGUCCGCCGCAUGCAGAUGACCUCGCCGACACCCUUUGAGCGCAGUCCCCGCCGAUCCGUACUACACCAAACACGAUCACGUCCCGGCACACCACGCUCAGCUCCACCGUCCAGCAUCAAAGGCAGUCCCAAGCCACGACGUCUACCCGAAGAGGACGACGAAUCUCGCGACUACCCUCUCGUCCUCCUCCACGUCACCCUCCUCCCGGCCGAUAUCCGUUGGAGCCCCGAAGUCCUGCGCAGGCUCCUCCCGCAGAAUAUCCUCGACAACCUGGAACUGCUGCGAUGUAAGAUCUCCGAGACCGUGGCGCAACGAGGCAUCCUCAUCCAGCAUCCCAAGGGGGAAUAUGAGCUGCUCGAGGAACGCCUGCUGCAGUCCCUCGAGCUGAGUAAAGAGCGCGUCACCAAAUGUGGACACUUCCGGGCCCGCGACUCCGUCAGCUCCGCUGUGUCCUCCGUCAGCUCCGUCAAGGACAGCGACUCGGCCAUCGGCUCCGACAUCGAAACCUGCUCCACGUGCCACCAACACAUGAAGCCCGCCCAGUCGGGCGCGGCAGGCGAAAAGGUCUGGGCGGUCAAGAUCUUCGCGGCGAACGGCCUGCUGGGGCCUUCGGCGUGGGCCGCGGCAUGGUCCGACAUGGAGCGCGUGGACGUCGAGAUCUUCCCCUGGAUCGACGCGGACCUGCGCAAACAGCUCGACGCGGCGCAGACCGAGGCCGACGCGGCGCAGGACCUCCUGAACGAGCAGGAGGAAUCCCGGAUCCGCGCCAUCCUCGAGGAACAAGCCCGGACGGCGGGCGAGGGACGCGGCCCGACGUCCAGCGACUUCGCCCUCGACCCGCCCGCCGCAGAUCCCGACCGCCACCUCUCCCCUUCGCCCGCCCACGCCUCCUCCUCCGACCCCAACAACACCACCCCUCGCCGCAAACCCCGCCUCAGCCUCCCCGAGAUCUACCGCCGACCCGCCGACAUCCCGCUCUCCAUCCUGCUGCGAAACUACCUCUUCCUGCUGGCGCAAGACCGCAAGAACGUCAUCAUCUUCGUCCUGGGCGUCCUCGUCCUCUACCUCGGCCUGCUCAGCGGCGGCAGCAGCAGCGCAGCGUCCCGCCUCUCGCCUAUCGCCACUGGCGCACUGGAGGUCCCGGCGAUGUAUGACGUGGACCUUGUCGCCACGGCGGCGGGCGCGGCAGCAUCGCCGGUGCUUACCCCGGCGACGAACGCCACGGUGGAGCUCUUCUCCGACGACGCCGGGAAGACGGGCGCCAUGUCAUCGCCUUCUGAUGACUCUGAUGGAGAGGCGGAAUCCUCCGCCGCCGCCGCCGCCGCGGACGGCGACGAAGUCCCGGGAACGGACGCCCGCGCUUCAUGACGGGAACCGUCGGAGGGGUGUUCCGAACGUGGACGACAGGGCAUGACAUCGGAUCGGAACGACCCCCCACCGCAGAAAGUCGGGGGUAAACAAACCCGAGGGGCCGAAGGCGAACCCGUCUCGGUGGGAAACCCCCUCCCAGAAGGACGAAACGAAAUGAAAUGAAACGAAGAGAAAAAGAAAAGGAAAGUCAUGGAAUCAAAUCGCAUGCAUAGCGCGGAGUCGGUCGGCAUAGUCCUUCCCCCCCCCCCC